UUGUGGUCUGAGAGCCUUGAAGAGCCUGUUCAUUUUGUCCGCCAUUGCGAAUGUUCCUUUCUUGACUUUUUCCGUUGACGGUGCACGUGAUCAUUCAAGAUGUCCCAUUUGAAUUGGAUGAUUAUCCGCAAUAACAAUGCCUUCCUUCUCAAGAAGCGUAAUAUUAAUAAGCCCUUUUCCACGGAACCGAACAAUUUGCCCAAUCUUAGUAGCUACCGUUACUCUGGUUUAAUUCAUAAGAAGAGUGUUGGUAUAGUUAAUGCUCCUGAUAAAAAAGGAUUCACAGUUGUUUACAAGAAAGCAAGAGCAGCCAAUAAACCUGCAAAAGCUACAGUCAAAGUUACAAUGAAAGCUGGUGCACGUCGUUCUUUGUAUAAACUGAAGAGAUUGCUUACAAAGAACAAGUACCGUGUAGACCUGGCCAAGGUUGCAUUGCGUCGUGCUAGUGCUGUAUUGAGAUCCCAAAAGCCUUUACCUGCUAAGAAGAUCCGUACAACCAAAAAGGCUGAUUAAUUUGUAUACAUUAAUAAACACAUGUUUUAAUGUAAA